CAUUCAGUUUAACAGCUACAACUGGCUGGAACUAAUGUGCGCAUAGUCUAAAAAUUCUUUUUUUUUCUCUCCGUGAUUUGUAUUUUUUUUAUUUUUUGUAAGAAGGUUUUAUUAGCUGUCUGUUUUCAAAAUGCGAACGGAGGUGCCAGCAUUUAAACGAUGCUGUUUUUGUGUACCGCUACGGUAUGGUCUGCUUACAUGGGCGUAUAUAAAAUUGGUGUCACUGGCCUUUUUAGCAAUCUUCUUUACGAUGCACUUGUACUACGUGAUCAGGAGGUAUACAAUGACCUCAUAUUCAAGAGAUCUGCACAACAUUGCAGUCAUAGGUGUGUUGUUGGCAAUCUUACUAAUAGAAUUCUGUUUCACUCUCUCGUUCAUCGUUGGAGGACAUAUGAAAAACGUUAAACUCAUGCGUGUGUUCUACAUCUAUAAUAUCGUGAUGUGGGUGCUCACCCUCGUUCUAAUUAUGAUCCUGGUAGUGUUAUUGCUAAGGAAAAUGGAUCCAUCUGAUGUCUUUUCCUACUACUCCUGGAAGUUCCUCGUUACUACUGCUAACUUCUUUUUCACUUUGUUGGUACAAGUCUACUUUAUGCUCCUAUUGAGAAGUGAGAUCUUAAAACUUGAGGGCAAGUACGGGUUCAGCUUCGUGAACAAUGCGGCUGAGGGAGAGUGUACAAUUAGAGAAGGCACUCAAAUAGACGAAGCCUGGAAGACAACAGACAAUCAAGAAGAAAAUAAGACUGGGCCAGGUGCGGUAGAUGAAGAAGGAAAAUCGUCUGAACAGGCAAUGCGGUACCCCUAGUAAUGGUGACACUGUAUUCCGGCCCUGGGCUCUGUCUGCUAUUUUUAAAAUUGUUGUCAUUCCAACACGGCCGCAUUGUCAUUUUGCUAUAAGUUCCUAAUCUGCUAAAUUCAUAAUAGUCGAUAAUUGAUCAAUCAAUAGUCUCGGAAUGGAAUUGUAGUAGAAUGACAUUGCCUUAUUGCCAUUAUUAUGAAACUUUGUAGUAGACAUAAUUUUCGAUAAUCUACUACUAAAUUUGAAUAUCUAUUCAUGUCAGAUGUAGGUAAUUUCUAUUUUAUUUUACAAAAAUAUCUAUCAGUGUUAUAGGUAUGCAAUCUGAAGUAUUUGUCAUUACGCAUGCGAUUACCAUUUCAUGUCAUUACUUUCAGUGGUUGACCAUUGGUCAAGUCAAGUCAUAAUGACGCCAUUACAUUAGUAGAUUACCAAACUUGUCAAAAUCAACAAUUUCGAAAUCAAUGAUUAAUAAUUCUGAUACUAUUGUAAUAGCAGACUUGAGGCCCAGUUGGCUGACACCAUUACAAAGCCGUCUAUGUAGUACAGUAUUUUUGACAAUGUGCUAAAAUGAACAGGGUACGCAUUUACCAACAUGUUAAGUCGCUCAUAGAAGCUAGUUUGGUGUAUACUAUUUUUAUGAGUUUUUAAUAAAGUUUGGUACGUUUCAGUACUACUUAAAGUGAA